CCAGGAAAGAUCAAUGGCAGAUGGUGAAGGUGCUCCCAGUAAAAAACAGAAGGUUGGAAAUGCAGAACAGGAAGAGGAGGAAGAUGAUGAAGAGGAGGAGGAAGAUGAAGAGGAACAGCAGACGAUGACCAUAGGGAAAAAGGGCCCAGCAGCAGCUGCUGAGGAGGACGACGAUGCGAGGAGGAAGAUGAAGAUGACGAGGAGGAAGAUGAUGAAGACGAGGAGGAAGAUGAUGAAGACGAGGAGGAAGAUGAAGAUGAAAGAGGAAAAGGAGGGAUGA